CUGCAGGAGCCUGACGCGAGGCCCCGGGGGUUGGCUUGAGGGAGCGAGAGCAGGGUGGGGUGGGUGCUGGGUGCCGGGGCUGCGGGCUCCGCGCGCUCAGAAACAUGCUGAGGUCCCGGCAGCUGUUCCAGCAGCGACAGCGGCUCCAGCAGCAGCGGCGGCGGCGGCGAUAGCGCACAGCUCCGGCGGGGAAGGCGCCUGGCGCCCAUGCCUCCGGCCCCGCGCCGCGGCUGCCCUGACCUGGCCGCGACCUCCCUCCGCGCGCCCAGCCGCCCCGGCCUCUGGGGGAUUCCCCAACCGCGGCCCAACUCCGCCACACCCCCCGCCCCCGGCCUCCGCAGCUCGGCAUGGGCGCGGGGGCGCUCGCCCUGGGCGCCUCCGAGCCCUGCAACCUGUCAUCGGACGCGCCGCUCCCCGACGGCGCGGCCACGGCGGCGCGGCUGCUGGUGCCGUCGUCGCCUGCCGCCUCGCUGCUAACCCCGGCCAGCGAGGGACCCGCACCGCUGUCGCAGCAGUGGACGGCCGGCAUGGGCCUUCUGAUGGCGCUCAUCGUGCUGCUCAUCGUGGCGGGCAACGUGCUGGUGAUCGUGGCCAUCGCCAAGACGCCGCGGCUACAGACCCUCACCAACCUCUUCAUCAUGUCCCUGGCCAGCGCUGACCUGGUCAUGGGGCUGCUGGUGGUGCCGUUCGGGGCCACCAUCGUGGUGUGGGGCCGCUGGGAGUAUGGCUCCUUCUUCUGCGAGCUCUGGACCUCCGUGGACGUGCUGUGCGUGACGGCCAGCAUCGAGACCCUGUGUGUUAUCGCCCUGGACCGCUACCUCGCCAUCACGUCGCCCUUUCGCUACCAGAGCCUGCUGACCCGCGCGCGGGCGCGGGCCCUGGUGUGCACGGUGUGGGCUAUCUCAGCCCUGGUGUCCUUCUUGCCCAUCCUCAUGCACUGGUGGCGAGCAGAGGGCGACGAGGCGCGCCGCUGCUACAACGACCCCAAGUGCUGCGAUUUCGUCACCAACCGGGCCUACGCCAUCGCCUCGUCCGUCGUCUCCUUCUACGUGCCCCUGUGCAUCAUGGCCUUCGUGUACCUGCGGGUGUUCCGCGAGGCCCAAAAGCAGGUGAAGAAGAUCGACAGCUGCGAGCGCCGCUUCCUCGGCGGCUCCGCGCGGCCGCCCUCGCCCGCGCCCUCGCCCGGGUCCCCGCUCCCGGCCGCCGCCGCCGCCCCGGUGGCCAACGGGCGCGCCACUAAACGGCGGCCCUCGCGCCUAGUGGCCCUACGCGAGCAGAAGGCGCUCAAGACUCUGGGCAUCAUCAUGGGCGUGUUCACGCUCUGCUGGCUGCCCUUCUUUCUGGUCAACGUGGUGAAGGCUUUCCACCGCGACCUGGUGCCCGACCGCCUCUUCGUCUUCUUCAACUGGCUGGGCUACGCCAACUCGGCCUUCAACCCCAUCAUCUACUGCCGCAGCCCCGACUUCCGCAGCGCCUUCCAGCGCCUGCUCUGCUGCGCGCGCCGGGCCCCCUGCGGGAGCCACGCGGCCACCGGAGACCCGCCGCGCGCCUCGGGCUGCCUGGCGGUGGCCGGGGCGCCGCCGUCGCCCGGGGCCGCUUCCGACGAUGAAGACGACGACGUCGGGGCCGCGCCGCCCGCGCGCCUGCUGGAGCCCUGGGCGGGUUACAACGGUGGGGCGGCGGCGGCGGACAGCGACUCGAGCCUGGACGAGCCGAGCCGCCCGGGCUGCUCCUCGGAAUCCAAGGUGUAGGGCCCGGCGCCUCCUCCCCACCUCCCCAGCCGGGACGCGGGCUCUGCGCCCCGGGAGGAAGAGAGCCCGGGCGCCCCCGAAUGGCUUCCCGGGAGAAAGAGGAGAUCAGUGUUUACUUAAGACCGAAAGCAGGUGAACUCGAAGCCGGCAAACCUCGUCUGCAUCGUCCAAGGCAAACAGAAAAGCCACGGGCCGUUGCACAGAAAGGAAAGUUUGGGGAGGCUUUGGAAGAGUGGCUUGCUGAUUUUUCUUGGAUUCUUUUCUCUGUUUGUGAUUCGGCCUACUUUUGUGUGUGCCUGUGAUGCAGCUUUAUAUAUAUACGUCUUUUUUUUUAACCCCCGGUGGUUUUUAGCACUUUAUGCGAAGACCGGGGAAGGGAAGGGAGAAGCAUUAUAAGGUAAAAGUCUUUCAACUUGGCUUCCAUCCCAUCCCGGGAACAGGAGCCGUCAACCUGACAGGGAGAGGAGGGAAUGAGCUUGUCAGGACGUUUCCUUUGCUUUCCAGAGAAAUUUCAUUUUAACUCCUGAGUAAUUAUUUCUCCUGUUCUUAAAGUAAAGGGAAAGGAUGGGUGCAAAAAUCGCGUUUCAGGAAAUUUUAAGCUAUUCUUGGAACAAGCCUCACCUUGCUUUCCUUUUGUAGGGCAAGCCGGCUGUCCCCGAGCGCCUCGGUGGUCAGGCUGAGGGGUUCCUACCUCACACUGUGCACAUUGCACGGCAAGAUAGAAAGCCUUGUUUAUAUUAAACAGCUUAUUUAUGUAUCAAUAUUAGUUGGAAGGACCAGGCGCUGAGCCUCUGUGGCAUGUGGCUCUGUUCAUUGAAGACAGGACAGAGAAAGAAAAAAGAAAGAGGAAACAGUUCAGAUUACUGCACAUGUGAGUAAAAGCAAAAAACAAACAAAAAAAAAGGCGUGAUUCAUAAUGGCAUUUUUGCACAGUAUUAGGAAUUGUAAAGUCCACAGAAGAUGUUACUUGCACAAAAAGAAAUUAAAUAUUUUUAAUGGGGUGGGGGCAGAUCUUAAAAACAAAUAAAAUUCAGAUUCUACUUCUGAUGUCUAUUAUGUUACUGAGCUAAUGAUUUAUUGGAAAAAUACCUUUUUAUACGCUUUUAUCAUGGUACUGUAACUGUAUCCAUAUUAUAAAUAUAAUUAUCUUAAGGAUUUUUUAUUAUUUUUUUAUGUCCAAGGGCCCAUGUGAAUCUGCUGGUAAAAUUUAGCACUUGUGUGUAAAUACUAUUUCCUCUGUGUGUUUUACCAAGUAUUUAUACUCUGGUGCAACUAACUACUAUGUGAGGAAUUGGUCCAUGUGCAAUAAAUACCCA